CGCACGGAUGGUGUUGGAUGGGGUGGGGCAGAGGACCAUCAGGGUGGCAUUGUGGGUGAUGCAGGGUUCAGGUCAAAGAGGACAGAGACUUGGCCUUGUGUAUAUUGCACAGGAAGGUAUUUUCAAUUCAUUACUUCAUUUUCAAAAGUAAUGCAUUAAAAGCCAAACAGUGCACAGAACACACAGAAAGAGGCCCAGCCUGGCCCUUCAACCUCGUCUCCUUUCUGGAAGUGAUCACUUCAUGUCUCCUUCCACAGAGAUCCUACUCAUCUGCAAGCACAUAUAUACCUUUUUAAAUUUCUUUUUGUUGCAUAUAUAGUUUUUGCAUUUAAAUAUUUUUUCCCGUCUCAUUUUGAAAAAUACAGAGAGGUUGAAAUGUAAAAUAAUCACUGACACCAGAUUUAUAAGGGGAAUGAUCUGAUCCAAAUCAUCAAGAGGGAAUUGUCCACGUGUUCCCCUGUGUGAGCAUUAAAUGUCAGUAGCUGUUGCCAAAUUGAAUAGAAGUGAGGAAGGGAUGGGCUUGAAUGACAGGUAGGAGGCCCAAUAGACAUAUCCAAAGAGGGGCCUGAAAUUAGCUGGACUCCCCCCUUCCCCCGAUUCCUGUCUCCCUGGUGUCUCAGGAAGGGCUGGGUGCUGCAGCCUUCCAUCGCUGCUCUUCCUUGCAGAUGCCUUUGCCCACAGACUCUUCAGGGGCUGCAGAUCCCUGCGAGCCGCACAUUGUAGGCAUCCAGAGUCCCGACCAGCAGGCUGCCCUGGCCCACCACAACCCAGCCCGGCCUCUCUUUGUUGAGGGCCCCUUCUCCCUGUGGCUCCGUGACAAGUGUGUCUAUUACCACAUCCUCAGAGCUGACUUGCUGCCCCCGGAGGAGAGGGAAGUAGAGGAGAUUCCAGAGGAGUGGAGCCUCUACUACCCAAUGCAGCUGGACCUGGACUAUGAGAGGAGCGGCUGGGAUGACUAUGAGUUUGCCAUCGAUAAAGUGGAGGAAGGCCCCAUCUUCGCCAUAUGCAUGGCAGGUGCUCAUGACCAGGCCACACUGGCCAAGUGGAUCCGGGGCCUGCAGGAGACCAACCCAGCCCUGGCCCAGAUCCCCGUGGUCUUCCGCCUGGCAGGGUCCACCGGCGAGCUCUUGGCGCCCUCCUCAGGGCUGGAGGAGCCGCCUCCACCUCCACCCGAGGGCCAGGAAGAGGAAGACAAUCAGCAGCACGGCCAGAGCUGAGCCACAGCCUCCACAGGGCCACAAGCUGUGGACUGGUGUGAAAGUGUGAAAUGACCUUUCAGUGUAAAGAAAAUAAAAAUUUUCCGGCUUGG